AACUAGGCCUUCUCUUUGUAUUGUGUUUCAAGAAAUUCCAUAUUCUUCUGAUCCCUCCAAGGGACAACAAAACAAAUAACGACAAAAACAGCCUCUCGUAUUGUCGCCAACGCAGCCAUGGAAAAAAAACAAAAAAAUCCUUCAGGACAAUUGCUUUAAUUUCAAGUUUCAUUGCUCGCCUUUGCACCGCAACCUUUCCAGAGACCUCUUCCCCUACUUUCCAUGGAUUAGGAUUUAGGAUAACUCGGUCACAAAGCUUGGGAAUUUCCUCGGGGGUUUUCUUGGGUUCUCAAGGAAUUUUAUGACCCACUUUUGAAUUUGGAUUCACUGCUGAUUUUGAAACAGUAAUUCACAGGCGGAACCAGUGUGUUUUCUCUGUUCAUCUGACAUGGUUGAAUGAUCGAAGAACAAUGGCUAUAAUGUUGACCUUGUAAUCUGCUUUUGAAUGGCUCAGGAGGAUGGAGCAUCAUCAGUAACCUCAUCGCCUCUUCAGUUCUUUCCCUGGAUGUCGAUAUCUCCAGGAUAUGGAUCACCAUACCCGUGGCUUAGGGAACUGAAAUCUGAAGAGAGGGGUUUGUACUUGAUUCAUCUUCUUCUUGCUUGUGCUAACCAUGUAGCUGCUGGUAGUGUUGAGAAUGCAAAUAUUAGCCUUGAGCAGAUCUCCCACCUAGCAUCUGCUGAUGGAGAUACCAUGCAGCGAAUUGCGGCUUACUUCACUGAGGCACUCGCUGAUAAGAUUCUUAAAAAAGGUUGGCCUGGUUUGCAUAGAGCCCUCACCUGCACAAAAAAAUCCUUGGUAUCUGAGGAAAUUCUUGUUCAGAGAUUAUUCUUUGAGCUCUUCCCCUUCCUAAAGCUCGCAUAUGUGAUCACAAAUCAGGCCAUUAUAGAAGCAAUGGAAGGGGAGAAAAUGGUACAUAUUAUAGAUCUCAAUUCAUUUGAACCUGCACAGUGGAUUAAUCUACUUCAGACAUUAAGUGCACGGCCAGAAGGCCCACCCCAUUUGAGAAUUACAGGUAUUUGUGAACAGAAAGAAGUGUUAGAGCAAAUGGCUCUUCGGCUGACAGAAGAAGCUGAAAAGUUGGACAUCCCAUUUCAGUUCAACCCUAUAGCGAGCAAACUAGAGGAUCUAGACAUAGAGAGUCUGCGCGUCAAAACCGGAGAAGCUCUUGCUGUCAGUUCUGUACUCCAGCUGCACACUCUCUUGGCAGCUGAUGAUGAAAUGCUUAAACGAAACUCACCAUCAGCAUCAAAGAAUCCAAAUUGUAACCACUUUCAGAGAGCUUUACAGAUAAACAAAAACCAACGUACUUUGGGUGAAUGGCUUGAGAAAGAUUUGGUCCAUGUUUGUGGUGCGAGUCCUGAUUCAGCUUUGUCCCCACUAUCUCUAGCUCCUUCGCCAAAGAUGGGCAGCUUUCUAAGUGCACUUUGGGGCCUUUCACCAAAAUUGAUGGUGAUCAGUGAACAGGAAUCAAACCAUAAUAGUUCUACUUUAAUGGAGAGGGUCACGGAAGCAUUGAACUUUUAUGCUGCACUGUUCGAUUGCUUGGAGUCUACUGUAUCAAGAGCAUCAAUAGAACGACACAAGGUUGAGAAGAUGCUAUUUGGAGAGGAAAUUAAGAACAUCAUUGCAUGUGAAGGCAUUGAUAGAAAGGAGAGGCAUGAGAAGCUGGAGAAAUGGAUUCUAAGGCUUGAGUUGGCGGGGUUCGGGAGAGUUCCUCUGAGCUACCAUGGUAUGUUGCAGGCAAGCAGGUUGUUGCAGAGCUACGGCUAUGAUGGAUACAAGAUCAAAGAAGAGAAUGGAUGUUUGGUUAUUUGCUGGCACAGUAGACCACUUUUCUCUGUAUCAGCUUGGAGAUUUAGGAGGUAUGAUUGAGAGACAUUGAGAGCGGGCAGAUUGUAAUUUUCUUCCUGUUUCGUGUAUAAAGGAUGUUAAGGUUUUUGACUGUAAUUGCAUAGUGUUCCCUCUGUUUUACAUUUUUUUCCUGGUUAGACUUGCUUAUUUCUCCACCUUUUUUUUUCUUUUUCUGUGACGUAUAAUGAUAAUUCAGAUGGAGGUUUAUUUGUUUAUCCAGAA